UAAUAAUAAACCGAGAACAGAGAGAAAGUGAGGGAGCCCUUUGGUUGAACCAGAGGGCCAAAGCAACAAACUUUUUGCAGGCAGGAGAGACGAGACUAUCCCAAAAAGGAAUCCCAUUUCAAUCAUGCCAUUUUUGAGGAUUGUGAUGAGCGUCCUUUCUGCAUAUAAAGCUUCGCUUCAAAGAUCUGUGGUUUGGUGCUUUUAAAUGCAAUUCAGUAGAUACGUCCCGCCUUGGAUCUGUCAUCUUUUUGCAUGCAUGGGAGCAGAGGCUGUUUUGGAUGCUUUACUAAACGCACACUGAUUACUGCUGUGGAUGAGCCAUCAAAGGGAUUGAGAAUUCAAGGCCGAACAGUGAGGAAACCGAGCAUAGACGAUUUCUGGAGCUCAAGCACUGGUGAGAUGGACAACAAUGCAGUUCAGUCCAGUACCAUGUCAUCAAUUAGUGCAUCAAACCAAUCCCUUGAUCCCGUCAAUGGUGCUGGUAGCACAAGCAAUCCUUCUGAAUUUGUAAAUCAUGGUCUUCUUCUCUGGAACCAGACACGGCAACAAUGGCUUGCAAAUAAAAGUUCUCAAAAUCGAAAGCAAGUUCUAGAACCUACAAUAAGUUGGAAUGCUUCUUACGAGAGUUUACUUGGAACUAGCAAGCCCUUUCCCCAGCCAGUCCCUCUCCCGGAAAUGGUGGAUUUUCUUGUUGAUGUUUGGGAGCAGGAGGGUUUGUAUGACUGAGGAAACAUAACUUUUAUCUCUUUGAUCUUUGUAUUCUCUCACUUUUUUCUUGUAAGGCUUUGGUACCUAAUGAGGCUUGAUUUGUUUCAUUGGUCAUUGUAUCA